AUACCUUAUUUAUCGAGCUACGCGCAUACCCAAUACACGCUACCCGUCCGAAGUAAACAAUCCAAUCCAAUCAAACGCUUUCGGAAUGGCCACGGAGGAGCACCAGCGCCUGGCCAACAUCGUGAAGAGCUGCCACGAAAGCCUGCGCCAGCUGACCAAGGAACAUGGCGCCACGGCGGCCUGGCAGGAGCACACCAGUCCCAGAAAUGCCAAACGCCUGGCGGAGUACGCCAAGGCCAUGCGGCAACUGGCGGCCAUAUGGGAGACCAACGAGGGCAAUGUGGAGUUGCAGGCACGCAGCCGCAUCAAGUGGGCCAUCGACUACAUCACCAAGUACUUCUUCACCGAGGGCAUCUACCUGCAGAAGCGACAGCGUGAGCAGCGUCUCCUGGAAUCCUACAGAGCCGAGGGCAAGCUGGGUGAGUUGGAGUGCAGGCUGAUGGAGGAGCCGCCGGACAGACUGCAUGUGCUGGAUGUGGGCAGCUGCUUCAACCCCUUUGCCAGUGUUCCGCACCUGGAGGUCACUGCUUUGGACUUGUGCCCGGCCACCGAGGAUGUUCUGCAGGCAGAUUUCCUCAAGGUGGAGGUGGCGGCGCAUGGAUUGGAUCAACCGGAACUAGAGGCGGGUAGCGUGAGAAGGCUGCCAGCGAACCACUACGAGUGCGUCAUCUUCAGCCUGCUGCUGGAGUACAUGCCCAGCGCCGAGCAACGACUGCAGUGCUGCCGCAAGGCCUACGAUCUGCUCCUGCCCGAGGGCAUCCUCGUGCUCAUCACACCCGACUCCCAGCAUGUGGGCAAGAACGCGCACCUCAUGAAGAACUGGCGCUACUCGCUGGCCAGGAUCGGCCUGCUGCGGGUGCGCUUCGAGAAGCUGCCGCACAUCUCGUGCAUGGUGUUUCGCAAGGCCAUCAGCCGGGAACUCGCCCAGCACUGGGCCAGCAUUCACCGGGAGGAGGGCAUGAGCGAGGAGAUCCGGAUACCGCAGGACGACGCCUAGGGCUAGAUUAGAUACAACACUAUAUCAUAUCAUAAAUCGAUGUAAAUAUGUCCAUGUCUACUUAUUUAUGGCUUAACUUAUCUGUGUGUUAAGUGCGAGUUAAUAAUAAUGGUUGACGAUUUA